GCCGUCAGGUCGCCAGACGGACACAUGGUUGGACUCUACGAGCCAGGGGAGGGUAACAAGUAGUUACGCCUCGGCGGCGUCUCUUUUAGGAGAGGGUCUUCGUGCUUUUUUUUUUUAAUCUCCCUUCUUUCCUCCCCCUUCCUUCGGCUCUCGGUCCGGGUCUUCAUCGUCAUAAGCACUCUCUGUCCCUGUACUGCUGCUCUAUUGAUCUCCGUGCGCGGGGGUCUCGAUAAUCCUCUGCGUCUGUGUGUGUGUGUGUGUGUGUGUGUGUGUGUGUGUGUGUGUGUGAGAGAGAGAGAGAGAGAGAGAGAGAGAGAGAGAGAAAGAACUCGAUCGAUCAAGGAGUGAUCGGCUAGAGAAGGGUUUCGUAUUAGGUUCGAAGCUGCCGAUCAUCUCGUGAUGCUGACGUGGACUGAUGCGGACGUGGACUGAUGCUGACGUGGACAUCAAUCACGCGAACAGUUGGGGAGUGAUUUACCGAUCAUUGUGAACUAAGUAAUCACUCGAUGAAUUCGUAAGUUGGUGAUCGUUCGUCUAUUGGGCGUAGUAGUGACAAUUGCGCUGCGGCUGUUUGCAGGAGAUCCCGAUUGUUCUGCACCCGUAGAGGACCGACUAGACUUGCUGCAGUUGUUCAUUGUCGGUGAGAGGAGAGGAAGGGAGAAGUAAAGGAGGAGGAGAGGAAUAGGAAGAGCGAGGGAGCAGGGAGAGGGGGGGGUGAGGAGGAGGAGGAGGAAGAGGAGGUCAAGGAUGGGUUAUCCGAAGGAGAGUGAGGACGACGAUGAUAGAGAAGGGAGUCGAUACGGGGAUGAAAGCUGGACAAAGAAGGCGAAAGAGAUGGAGGAGGGGGGUGUGCAGAAGGCAAUUGUGAGGGAGGGUGAGGGCAAGAAGCGGCCGAAGAGAGGACACUUGGCGAGUUUUCAUUGCUCUAUCAAGAUUGAAGAAGGAGGAGGAAGGGGAGAAGGAGGAGGAGGAGUAGGUGGAGGGGAUAUGGCAGAACCCUUGCCCAGCAGAUUACUUUACUCGAGCCGGAGGGAGGAAGGGGGGAGAGGAUCGCCUUGGCGGGUUGUGUUGGGAAAAAGGAAGACGGUCUGGGGGCUCGAUUAUGGGUUGCUGUCAAUGAAAAAGGGAGAGGUGGCGGUUUUCAGGAUCCGUCCGAAGUAUGGUUACGGCGAUCCCGAUUGCCCGGUGGCUGUUCCAACGAAAGGGAUCCCGACCGAUCGCGAUCUGCUGUUCCACGUGGAGCUCCUUGAUUGGGUGGAAGUGAAGAAUCUCACGGAAGAUUGGCAUAUAACGAAACGCGUCUUGGAGGAGGGAGCAGCUUGGGAGACGCCAAGGCCUCCCUACGAAGUGGACAUUUCGGUAAUAGCACGGCUAUGGCCAUCCGGCAAAACUGUAUUCCACUUCACCGAGGAUGAGCCGUUGCACGUCGUGAUGGGAGAGGGAGGGGUGAGCGAAGCAUUGGAGAGAGGGGUCGGUUCGAUGACGGAGAGAGAGAGAGCGUUGAUAAGGUGCACGUCGAGAAAAUACUUUUCUUCUUCAUCAUCUUCUUCUAUUUCUUCUUCUUCUUCUUUUUCGUCGUCGUCGUCAUCGACUGCUAGUGCAUCGAUCAAACCUGGGAGGAGAAUGGAGAAGCAGGUGGUUUUAGGUUUAGGAGGGAGAACGAAGGAGGAGGAGGGAGAGGAAGGAGAGGUGGAGUAUGACGUUCGAUUGGUGAAACUGUAUCAAGUUCGGGAUGUGUUAGGAGAUGGGGAGGUGAUAAAGAGGAGGAUCAAGAAUGGAAGAGGUGAUUUCCCCGUAGAUUGCCCUCUAGAGGACUGUGUAGUCCGCAUUCACUGCAAAGCAAAAGUGCUUAGGGAGGGAGGGGGUAGUAGUAGUAGUAGUAGUAGUAGAUGGCGGGAAGAGCAAAACGACAAACAAAAUGAUGACGUAUUCUUCUGGAACACUUGGAAGGGAAAAGUCUGCCCUGGCGUGAUAAGCGGCGCCAUAGCUCCUCCGGACUCUUCUUCUCCUUCUUCUUCUUCGUCUUCGUCGUCGACUAAGAACUUGGAAACCGCGUCAGCAUCGGAAUCGAGAUCGCGACUGCAGGGGAGGCCGUUGGUGUCGGGGCCGUGCACUGGUGAUGGUGGGGGGAAAGAGGGAGGAAGAGGAGGGGAAAGAAGGGUGAGUGAGGAGAAGGGGGCGGCGGUGGGAGAAGGCCAAGAAGAGGAAGGAGGAGAUGGGGGACCACCACCUCCACCUCCUCCUCCACCUCCUUUCGAGUUCGCUACCGGCGAAGGGGCAGUCCCGAUAGCCCUAGAGAGUGCUAUUCGACUGAUGAUACCAGGCGAGAUAGCGACGGUGAUCAGUACUGGAAAACAUGCGUACGAUUCCUUCCAUCUUCGACCUGAUGGGGUCGGGCCGGGUGCUUCCAUCCUGUGGGAGGUGGAACUCGUCAGUUUCGAGAAACCUAAAGAUUUUGACGAGAUGAGUUUUCCCGAGAGCAUGAUGGAAGUCAACAGACACAGAGAGAGAGGGAACGCACUGUUCAAGGCCGGAAGGUUCCUUCUUGCAAAGACUAAGUAUAAGAAGACUCUACGCAGUUUGGAAAACGUGAUGUGUAGGAGCGAAGAGGAGAGAGAGGAGACGUGGAGGGCGAAGACGAUGCUGCGGCUGAACAUAGCCGCCAGCAUGCAUAAAUUGAACGAGUACGUCGAGUGCAUAGCCGUGUGCAGCCAGGUGCUGGAGGAGAACCCCGCCAAUGUGAAAGCGUAUUACAGAAGAGGGUUGGCAUACAUCUGCACGGGGGAUUUCGACGAAUCGCGGGCGGAUUUCAAAAAGAUGAUGGAACUAGACCCGGCAUCUGGACCAGAUGCGAAGGCGGGGCUAGUCCAGCUGAAAAGGAAGGAGCAAGAGUAUAAAGCGAAGGAGAAGGCGCAGUUUGGCGGGUUCUUGGACAACGCAAUCGUUCAAGAUCCCGACCUGGGACCACCACCGGAGCCCAAACCGGUGGACGAGUUGUUGAUCGACAGCAGUUCGAGCGGUCGUCGGUCGAAAACUGUCGAUCAUCGGACGGCGGUGGGAAGAGGGCUUCGUCACCGAGGAGGAGGAGGAGGAGGAGGAGGAGGAGGAGGAGGAGGGAUGAAGAGUGGGGCGGGUAGAACGGAGCAAUGGGAGAGUUCAGAUCGGGACGGAGGUGUGGCAAUGGUGGGACUCAAUGUGGCAUGAACUCACUGCCUCGCCAUUCCCAUGGAAUUGAGCCCUCAUCCUACUGGGGAAAAGGAAAAACUUUCUGCCUGCCUGGUCACCCCUCUGGGCAAACCUCUUUAAACAUGAGGCUUGCCGUACUUAUGGUCAUAUGGAGAAUGAGGUGCUCAGUAGAACGGAGAGAAGUCUCCUUUGGCUUUCAUCAGGCUAAAGUGGAACUUCUCGAGACGAUCCGAGCGAACCUACUGAAAGCUAGUAGAAAACUAGUGGAAGUGGUGUCGGCAACCUCAGACCACGUGGACAAACAAAGAGUGAUCACGAUC